UUCAUCGUUUGGGGCUCUACCUCUCUUCGUUGCCAAAUAAACAUUUCCGUCUUUCUUGUUUUCAUUCGAAACGAGAACGAGCCUGAUAUCUUAACGAUAAGAAUCGAGUAACAUGUCUCGAGAAAGGGUUGCAAAAACGUUUCGUCUGACGAGGUCGUAGAACGAGUUACGAAAUUCAGAAGUGUCCGGGAUUCGAACGGAGCAACGACGGGCAGUGGGGAUAGAGACGUCGUCGGCUCUCAAAAAUUGCGUGCACGUUCAGCGAGUGACUGUCGUAAUUAAUUAAACAAAUGAACGUAGCUGCCAGGCUUAUCGAACAUCAAAGACGAGAAAUCGCGAGUAGGAUGAAUGGUACCCCGCCGCUAAGCCGGCUACAGUAGUAAUCCAGUGCAACGACGAGCGGUAUCGCACAGAGAGACAUGUCACCGGUUGAAACUCUCCUCUUCCUGGCGAUUGUUCUGGUCUCAGCGUACGCGUAUCCGCAGAACACUCUUCUGAACGAUGUGGAGACGGUAAUCAGGUCCGUGUUCAAGGCUGCCCGUGAACCAGCUACCUUUAAUUUGUACACCAGGGAAAAUCCCUUUGGCGAGGAGCAGUUGUUUUUAAACAAUACCGAGGUCCUGUACGCGUCUCACUUCAAUGAAAGCCGUCCAACAAAGUUCAUCAUUCACGGAUUCAGCGACACCGGAAACGAAGCUUGGGUACGAGGUUUGAUAGAUGCGUAUCUUCUUCACGAAGAUGUGAACGUGAUCGUGGUAGGAUGGGGUAUCUUAGCCGCGGACAUAUAUCCGCUGGCUGCAAACAACACGCGUCGCGUAGGCGAAUUUCUCGGUGAUUUUCUGGAAUUUUUGAACCACGAAUCAAACUUGGAAUACAAGGACGUGCACAUCAGUGGACACAGUUUGGGGUCACAUGUAGCCGGAUUCGCCGGUGCUUACUUGGACGGGCGGAUCGGUAGAAUAACAGGCUUAGAUCCGGCCAGUCCUCUAUUCGAGACGAUUUCCGGGAUCGUGGAUCCGGAAUUCAGAUUGGAUCCAACAGAUGCACAAUUCGUGGACGUGAUCCAUACAAGUGGACCGGCGUUUGGAUUUUUAGCUCCUCUAGGUCACGCUGAUUUUUAUCCCAACAACGGAACAUUUCCUCAGCCUGGAUGCUCAUUUAUACCAACUACAACGUACUGUAGUCAUUCACGGGCGCAUCAAUUCAUGACAGAAAGUAUAGGAAGUACAGCCGGUUUCAAGGCUAGAACCUGCGAGAGUUGGGAAAAAUACAAAGAGGGUCGUUGCGAUUACAACCCUAUUGUUCUGAUGGGGGAAUACGCAUCCACGUCGUUACGAGGAAAAUUUUAUUUGUCAACGAACGACGCCCCUCCAUUCGCGAUAGAAUAAACAACGAUUCGAGCACAAUGGGAUCGGCUUAGAACGAGCGUGUGGCGGCGAUCGUGAUUUUUGCGACAUCAAAAUGAUCAGUACUAGUCAUUUACAAGUUACUCUUUAUUUAUGCAUUGUGCGCAGAUUUAUUCGAGCCCUUUGAAUCAACAAGAAGACGAGAUCGAAGAAGGUGGCGAAGCGCUGUCGUUUUAUGUCGUGCAUAGAAAGUACAAAUUAUAUUAAUUAAAGUGGUACGUUUAGAUGGUAACUCUCUCUUUCUUUCUUUCGUUCGUGUAUUUUCAUAGGAUGAGCAGGAAAUAAAUGUUAUUGGUUAUUUC